AUGGGUUUUAACGACGUAAACCAGAAUGUCUUUGGACUCGUUGCAUUGAUCGUGUCGCUCGUCGCUCUCCUAACCACCGUCAUCCAAGUCCUCCAGCAAUACUUUUCAAGUGCCGAAGGAUAUCGAAGAUGUGCGAAUUCAGUAAUGGGGCAGUGGGCCAAAGGAACGCAUCGAAAGCUCGUGCCUAGAGAGUUUAGAUUUGAAGUAAUCUUCGAAACACCGGUCAUAUUUGUAGCCCCUCCAGACAACCAAAAAGGGCCCAUUCCUGGGCGGAAAAUCUAUUAUGUCGAUGGUAGUGAUAACUCCUACACGAACACCAAAGUUCUGAAGCCUCUGCAACAAAACCAAGCAGACCAACAAGCAGUGAGACAGGUUCACACCGCAGAUGAUGAACGAGCCUCAUGGCUUACUCUCCUCUCGACCCAACAAGGUGCCGAACUUGAUUCUCGUAUUUGGGAUAGAAAACAAAGGGGUACAGCGUUCAAGGAACCUUACUACCAGAUUGCAGUCGGGUUACAGAGCAAGACACGAUCUUGGGACUUCAUUCCCGAUGCGAUCACCAAACCGUACGCUACUUCAGCGAUAUGCCAUCUAGUGGAGAUGAUGGCAAUGUUAGGACUAUACUGGAAGGUUUUUGAUCAGAUUCUCUGGAAUCUUAGAGCAGAAGGAAACGGGUUUAUUCUGACGUCCACAACCGUUCACGGCCUUGGUGUAAUGGUCGUCUUUGCCAUUACUGGAAGGUCAAAUUUCGAGGGAAAUCGAGUAAUUCCUGCCGAAGCAGUGAAGGAAUUGGCAUUUGGAACUGUACCUAAUAUUUUCGAGGAAGGAGAGUACUUAAAGCGAGAAAAGGACGCCCAGAGUCUUGAAUUGGUUUUUGGUGAAGAGAAGAAUGUCACAGCAACCUUGGAAUCUCUUGGGUGUACCUCGGAAACAGUCACGCGGUUUGCAAAGGACCACAAACAUAUCUUCUCCGUAUCCUUCGAAAUAAUCGGCAUGCUAGGAAAAGUCUUCCGUAUCCGCGGCAGCAACUUCCGCAUGCUCCCCAACCCUACGAUGGACUUCUGGCUCAAGACAAGCGGCCAAAAAGCCUCCUGGAAAACAUCAACCCUCAUGAAAGUCUUCCAAGAAAAGCUCAAGAAGCUCAUCAUUACCGAAGGCUUCGACGAAAAUCACCAAUGCACCGUCAUUUCGCGCCAAUGGGACGAAAUCGCCAUAAUUGGCUGCGAAGAUGAAGCGACCUUGAGCAUUGAAGCACGUGAGGCUAUUCAUAAUGCGUUGGAUAAUAGGACGACGUAUUUGCUCUCUCUGAAGCAAAUAGAUGUUCUCAGCGUGCUGGUGGCGCAUCUUACGAAAGUCAUGAAGAUACUGGAUGACCAGAAUUCACCACUGAACAACAUCGUGCUGGCGAAUAAAGAAGAUACACUGCUAAGCUACUAUUUCGACGAGAUCCGACCUGCGGUGAUAGGGAACCUAGAGUCUAAUAGUUCAUCAUUGACGAGAGAGGAAAAGGCGCAGAGGAACACGGUCUGGAUAUCGUUGAUAUUCCGCAUGCUGUGUUGGCUCUUGUUGCAUGAUUUCGAUAAAUCGGAUAUCAAAAUGGUUCCGUCUGAUCUGAAGGGAAGUAGAAUGCCGGUGUACAUUGGUUGA